GCGGCGGGACGAGGAGAGCCAGAGCGAGCUGCCUGUGUUCGAGAGUUAGCCUGAGUCGGAGCCCUGUCCUGAGCCCUAUCCUGAGCCGGAGACGAUCUGCAGGCGAGUUGAGCCCGAGCAGAGUCCCCUGCCGCUCCGGCGUGUCCACCCUCGCGCCCUCGGUAGCCCUCAGCACUUCUCUCGGCCCCGCAUCCGCCCUGCGGCCCCUCCACCCAAUGAAACUGGCGGCGAUGAUCAAGAAGAUGUGUCCGACCGACUCGGAGCUGAGUAUCCCGGCCAAGAACUGCUACCGCAUGGUCAUCCUGGGUUCGUCCAAGGUAGGCAAGACGGCCAUCGUGUCGCGCUUCCUCACCGGGCGCUUUGAGGAUGCCUACACACCCACGAUCGAGGACUUCCACCGCAAGUUCUACUCCAUCCGUGGCGAGGUCUACCAGCUCGACAUCCUGGACACGUCCGGCAACCACCCGUUCCCAGCCAUGCGGCGCCUCUCCAUCCUCACAGGAGACGUUUUCAUCCUGGUGUUCAGCCUGGACAACCGCGACUCCUUCGAGGAGGUGCAGAGGCUCAAGCAGCAGAUCUUGGACACCAAGUCUUGCCUCAAGAACAAAACUAAGGAGAACGUGGACGUGCCCCUGGUCAUCUGCGGGAACAAGGGGGACCGGGACUUCUACCGCGAGGUGGAGCAGCGCGAGAUCGAGCAGCUGGUGGGCGACGACCCCCAGCGCUGCGCCUACUUCGAGAUUUCAGCCAAGAAGAACAGCAGCCUAGACCAGAUGUUCCGCGCGCUCUUCGCCAUGGCCAAGCUGCCGAGCGAGAUGAGCCCCGACCUGCACCGCAAGGUGUCGGUGCAGUACUGCGACGUGCUGCACAAAAAGGCGCUGCGGAACAAGAAGCUGCUGCGGGCCGGCAGCGGGGGCGGCGGCGACCCGGGGGACGCCUUCGGCAUCGUGGCGCCCUUCGCGCGGAGGCCCAGCGUGCACAGCGACCUCAUGUACAUCCGCGAGAAGGCCAGCGGCGGCGGCCAGGCCAAGGACAAGGAGCGCUGCGUCAUUAGCUAGGAGCCCCCGACCGCGCCGGCGACACAAUCCAAGGAGGACUUUUUUUGUGUAAGUCAAAUUCGACGCCUGGGCCAGCCUGGGCGCGCCCUGGGCCGCGAGUGCACGCGGACUGGUGUCUUCCCUUCGCGAAACCCGGCCUCGCGCACUGUGAAGGCGCCACCAAACAGAGAAGGGACGGUCAUCUGCUCCGGAAGGAAGGAGAACUGGCAAAGACCUGGACUCCCCCACCUUUGAGCCUCUCUGUUGGCGUCUCCCACCCUCACAACGUGGAUGGUGGCCCAGCAGAGGGGGCAUUUGUCUUUUUUUUUAAUCAGAGACCAGAGAGUAGGGAGGGGGUGAAGUUCACCAGCCACUGUUGGGCAUCAAGUAACCGGUCCUGCCUGGCUUUAGCCUGAGGGUCAGGACCCUGGGGGCAUUAUCUUGUCUGUGAUUCCCCAUUGCUGUAACAGCUGGCAAAGGCCUCUGUCCUCCAGAAAAAACUGUCGGGGGUGCGUGGGUCAAGUCAUAGCCAAGAGACUUGUUUACAUGUGUGUGUGUGAAGUUGCACAAAGGAAAAACAAAACAGAAAACUUGCACUUUAAUAGUAGUUCCGCUGUCAACAUGGACAUGAACAAAAUCCUAUCCAGGUGUUUAUACUGUGUGUGUGUGUGUGAAACUCUAAAGUUAUUGUUGUUGUUUUUUAAUAUAAAAUAAAAUAAUUUAACAUGGAAAA